CGCUUCUGUCCUUGUGUCAUUUCCUUUACUAUUGCGCGCUGCCCAGACUUGUUGCAGUGACACUUGCUCUCGAAAUAUUUCUUUGAAAAGCCAAAAUUUGCUCUAUAUAUCAAAUAACUGAAGUUAUCUCGCUAUAUCGUGGAGGGGGAAAUCCUUGUUUAGGGUAAAAGGCAAUACAUUAAAAUUGUCUUUAGGUUCAACAGUUUUUUAGGUUGUUGUUUUUUUUUUUCCAAAACGGGUUUAUUUUUUGCAGUGCGGCUAAUGCUGAAGUCAUUCUCCGUCUCAUACAGCAGCAACCAAGGACAAGAGAGCAUCAGCAGUGAGAGGGAAAAGAAGAGAGAGAAAGGUGCCUCCUCUCGCCAUUGCGAUAAUUGUCUCGCUGUUGAAUCGAUGUCGGUGCAAAUGCUGCUCUAAGGGGAGGCAAUAGGAGUGGAGGAGAAGCGGGGGGAUUUAACUUCACACACGGACAAAACCUAUGCUUGGAUUUCGGCUCUUUUUCCCUUCGCCAAUGCAAAAGGAAAUAUGCAGCGAAGCUUCACCAUCCUCUACACCAGUUUACUGGGGAUGUGCUUGGGUUCAAGCUCAAGUUUUCCAAGUAACAUCAAUAUAGGAGGAUUGUUCCCAAGCGGAUCCCACGAAUAUGAGGUUUUUCGGUUCGCCCUCUCUCAUCACCAGGACAUCCCCAAACUGGUGCCGCAGGUGGAUAUGGUCAUGAUGGGGAACAGCUUCUCCAUGACAUAUGCCUUUUGCUCCCAGUUCUCCAAAGGUGUGUAUGCCAUCAUUGGCCUGUAUGACAGGAAGACAGUCAACAUGCUCAUGUCCUUCUGUGGAGCACUGCACGUCUGCUUUGUGACACCAUCCUUCCCCAUUGAAACAGCCAACCAAUUUGUGAUCCAGCUCAGGCCCGAGCUCCAGGAUGCGCUGGUGGGAGUUAUCGAACACUAUGGAUGGUCCAAGUUUGUCUACAUGUACAGUUCCAACUCAGGUCUGUCUGUGCUGCAGAAGGUUCUUGACACGGCAGCAGAGAGGAAUUGGCUGGUGACCUCAGUCAAUGUGGAGACCAUAUCGAGUAAUGCCUUUGCGAAGGUGUUCCAGGAUUUGGACAAGCGAAAGGAGGGCCAGAUUAUCAUUGACUGUGAGACUGAGAGACUCAACAACAUACUGCAAAUGAUUGUAGAUCAAGGAAAGAAUGCAAAGAGCUACCACUAUAUUCUGGCUAAUCUGGGUUUUCUGGACAUCGAUCUGACAGAUCUGAGGAAAGGCGGGGCAAACAUAACCGGCUUUCAGCUCGUCAACAACUCAGAGCCGAGUGUGAGCCGCAUCGUCCAGCAGUGGAUGGAGUUUGAUAAUAAGGACUCCAAAGUGCCCAAGCCUGGACUCAAAUACACAGGUGCUCUAACAUAUGACGGGGUGAAAGUCAUGUCCACAGCCUUUCAGAAUUUAAGGAGACAGAGGAUAGACAUAUCUCGCAGGGGCAACGCUGGAGAAUGCCUAGCCAACCCACCAGCUCCCUGGGGACAGGGCAUAGACAUCCAGAGAGCCCUGCAGCAGGUCCGUAUAGAUGGAUUGACUGGCCACAUUCAGUUUAAUGAGAAAGGCCGCAGAACCAACUACACUGUUAGUGUCAUGGAACUGGCCCCCUCUGGACCCAAGAAGGUCGGCUACUGGAAUGAAGAUGAGAAGUACGUGACCACAGCCAGCCUGAGAGGGAGCAACGAGACUUACCCACUACUGAACAGAACUUACAUAGUCACCACUAUCUUGGAGUCUCCAUACGUGAUGCUGAAGAAGAACCACGAACAGCUUGUGGGGAAUGAUAAGUACGAGGGCUACAUCGUGGAGCUGGCUGCAGAGAUAGCAAAGCAUGUGGGCUACCAGUACAAACUGAAGAUCGUCUCAGAUGGCAAGUACGGAGCCCGAGAUCCCGAAACCAAGAUGUGGAAUGGCAUGGUCGGAGAGCUGGUGUAUGGGAAAGCAGACGUGGCUGUGGCUCCGCUCACUAUCACCCUGGUCCGUGAAGAGGUGAUUGACUUCUCCAAGCCCUUCAUGUCUCUGGGUAUCUCUAUAAUGAUCAAGAAACCAACCAAAUCCAAGCCUGGCGUGUUUUCCUUCCUGGACCCGCUGGCUUACGAGAUCUGGAUGUGCAUUGUGUUUGCCUACAUUGGCGUCAGCGUCGUCCUCUUCCUGGUCAGUCGAUUCAGCCCGUACGAGUGGCACGCCGAAGACUACGAGGAGGGAGCCGAGCCGCAGACUCCCACCCAAGCGGCGGCUUCCAACGGGGUGCAGCAGGGCCAGACACCGACGCAGCAGAACACCACCCAGCAGAGUCCAGAGCAAACCAAUGAAUUUGGCAUCUUCAAUUCCCUUUGGUUUUCACUUGGCGCCUUCAUGCAGCAAGGCUGUGAUAUUUCACCACGCUCUCUGUCAGGCCGCAUUGUUGGAGGCGUCUGGUGGUUCUUCACUCUCAUCAUCAUCUCAUCCUAUACUGCGAAUCUGGCUGCUUUCCUGACUGUGGAGAGGAUGGUGUCUCCUAUAGAGAGUGCCGAGGAUCUGGCCAAGCAGACAGAGAUAGCAUAUGGAACGCUGGAUGCUGGCUCCACCAAAGAAUUCUUCAGGAGGUCUAAGAUCGCCGUGUUUGAGAAGAUGUGGUCUUACAUGAAGGCGGCCGACCCGUCUGUGUUUGUCAAAACGACAGACGAGGGUGUCAUGAGAGUCAGGAAGUCCAAGGGCAAAUAUGCCUACCUGCUGGAGUCCACUAUGAAUGAGUACAUAGAGCAGAGGAAACCCUGUGACACUAUGAAGGUGGGAGGCAACCUGGACUCCAAAGGUUAUGGAAUUGCCACACCAAAGGGCUCCCAUCUCAGAAACCCAGUAAACCUGGCAGUGUUAAAACUGAACGAGCAGGGCCUCUUGGACAAAUUGAAAAACAAGUGGUGGUACGACAAGGGAGAGUGCGGCAGCGGGGGCGGGGACUCCAAGGACAAGACCAGCGCUCUGAGCCUCAGCAAUGUGGCGGGAGUCUUCUACAUCCUGAUUGGAGGCCUGGGCCUGGCCAUGCUGGUGGCACUGGUGGAGUUCUGCUACAAGUCCAGGACCGAGUCGCGCCGAAUGAAGCAAUCCAUCAACGACGCCAUGCACUGCUCCACCCUGACCAGGAUGAGUGGCAACGGGAGCGGUGGAGAGAACGGACGAAUCCUCACCCACGACUUCCCCAAGACCGUUCAGACACUGCCCUGCAUGAGCCACACCGCCAGCAUGGGACUGGGUGCCUCUGGCAUGUGAUCAUCAUAUUACUGUGCUGGCGGCGAGGGGAUAGGCAGGGUGGGGCAGUAGAAGAAGAGCACAGGACUCUAAUAACCUCAAAAAAAACAUAACAAAACCCAUGGCUGUCCGGUUUGACCCAUCUAUUCUCCCGGCUUUCCCAACUUGAACAAAAACUUACUGCCAAAACUGACUCUUAAAAACCGCUCCUCGCAAAUGAUGAACAGAGAAUCGCAACUUUUUUUCUUUUUUUUAGUAAGUGGGUGUUUGAAAAAUAGAUAUCGAAAAAAAGAAGGGAAACGUGCUGCAAUAAAGAAGUCGUCAACUGGGCGUGUUUUUGGACUUUUUUUUUUUUUUACCGUGUUCAUUUAUGUGGAAAAAAAAAAGAGUUUUAUUCUUCAGUGUGACGCCUGCGCUGUGCCAUUUCGAUGGAGCUGUUGACGUUAGUCUGCUUGUGCAAUAUCUUCACCUCCACUGCUGACCUUGUACUACCUAGAUGCUUUCCGAUGGCUGAUGGAUCAUGUCUUUGCACAGAUGUGGCAGAGGAGGACAAACACUUGUGACUGCUACGAUGAUAUGAUGUUGUUUUCGGGAUGUCCCCACCUUCCUUCACUUUUACAUUUAUACUCCAUUUUUGAAGGACUAAGUGCUCAGAGUAGCAUAGCCAAUUUUUGUGAGAUAGUGGUUUACGCUAGAUUGAUAGCGCAGAUUAGUUCGUCUCACGUAUUUUUGAUUUGACUUGUGUUUCGAUGACGGUUAAUGAUGUUCAAAUCAGAAGUUGUCCAGGCUACGACAAACAAGCAUUGCUGCUAGACGUCAUUGAACACAUCAUGCCUUGUCUUAGUGCCACAUGACCAUUCAAAUGCGGAACAUUGUACACAGAUUGAGUUUGAGUACUUACAUCGAUCAUCAAAGCAGUCAUUGGGCACAUUCAUAAAUGCUCACCUCAACCUACGUGAAAAAGAGAAUGGAGAUGACACAAUGACACAUUAUCCUGUAUGUACAAUACUGAGUGACCUUAAACUGUAUUCUGCUGUUGUGACAUUUAUAGCAUAAUCACUGAUACACUGGACAGUCUUUUUGAAGACAAAUUUAGAGUUUAUCUACAGUUGUUGCAGCAUUAAUAUGUUUUGUUCAGUACUGAGUGAAAAAGCCAGAAAGCCGGCUUCCUCGCUGUUGCUAGCUAGCACAGCAAGGAGGGGGUGCGAUUGAUACACUCGAUGUGACUGACAGAUUUGGAGUUAGUAUUGCUAUUGGAAGUCAAGGUUAUGGUGAUCACUGCGCUGCUUGGCUCUCCCGAGUUCUCGCUUUCAGAUCACAUCAAGUAUCAAGGAAUCAGAGUGACAGGCCUGGGACAUUAGAGGGCAGAUGUGACAAAGGGCAGACAUCCUAGGUUUGGCAUUUAGGCCCUAAAGUAAGAUUCCAUACUAGAGCAUUUCAGUACAUUUAACAUAAAACGACCGUCGGUGAUGCACUUUGUAUUUCUUGGGCCCAUUUUGUCACACACCAUGGUAAUUUAUAUUCUUAUGCAUAAGUGGCCAACGGCAGAAAACAAACCUUUAGCUAAUUCUGUGAUUUAAAACGGAAAGAUGAUGUAACAGGAGGGAAAACGAGAAACACUGGCAUGAUUCUAUAAUUUUAUUUUUUUCGUUUAUUGACAAUAAUUCCAGAGAUGCGACGAUACCAACAAUUUUCACUUUUGGUUUUUUUUUUUCAUUAGAACAAUUUGAGUGUUUUGCUGCUGUCUGCACUAGUUUACUUGUUUUUUUAUAGCCAGGAGAAAUGUGUUGUCACAUAUUUCAGUAUGAAGAUGUUUUAAUCAAAACGCGAUGACAGUGUUGACCCCCGUCGCUCUCACAAGGCUCUGAUCAUCAAUAAAUCACAACGGGCCGAAACAGCUUUUGCUUCUUUCCCACUUAUCCAGUAACUACAGGGAAUCACGUGUCCUUUUUUAAGCUUUCACCACAGACAGUAAUAUUUCAAUUUUAUUUUUUAAACAACUUCUACACUUUUUCUAUGAUAGCCCUCUCUGCAUUUUCUUUACAUAGAAAUAGAUAGAAAUAAUUGGUAGCACUAUGCUGACUGCAAAUAGCGGGAGGACCUGUUAUUUUAGAGAAACUGAGAACAUACACAUGGUGAUAAGAAAUGUAUUGGAUGUUGCGCUCUUAUCAUAAAUGCACAAAAGCAUAUAAGUGGAUAGGGUCCAGUGCUUUAGCUUUUUCCUUUUUUUUCCUCCCCAGGCUUGCACAUUUUGCGACAAAUGCAUCAUGCCUUGAUCAUCCUUAGGAAUUUUGUGUUUUGCCAGCCUCUCUGAAGCAUGCAGUCCCAGUUUCUGGGUAUUAUUGCAGAAAAGGUGCAGGAUAAAGUAAAGGAAAUAUGCAGUAUUCUGGUUUGUUGUAUCGAAAUGAAAUUUCAGCAGGGUCAGGUGACUCACUGAUAUUUUUUUAGGCAGUAUCAGAGCAAUAAGUUACAGUAUCAGACUUUGACUAGUUCAUUUUUGUUUUGAAAGAUUGGUAAUCAUAGCUGGUUUUGUUCUUUUCAUUGGAUUUGUCAACAAUAAUUUAAAAAUAUAUAUAUAUAUAUAUAUAUAUAUAUAUAGACUAUUGCCAAACUGAUUGUUUAAAUGGAGUAGUCGUACAGCUGAAAAAUGUGCCAGGAGAGAAAUCACUAACAGUUUUUUUUUUUUCAUAACACAUCAGAGCCUGGAGCUAUGUAAAGGAUGCAUUAUGUGCCUUCAGCCAGCAUGAACAUCUUUUCCUCUUACAUAGCUAUCACUCCACCUCAGUCCACCUCCACAAAUAUUCCACUGCAGAGUACAGCAAUUUCACAUACCCAAAUCGUUAAAAGGCUUUCAAGUAAAUAUAGGAAAAACCGAAGAUUAAGCAGAGGGAGCAAGUUGAGGGAAAUGUGAGUAAAAAUUAAAGUUUUUUUUUAAAAAAGUGGUUCAAAAUUAUAGUCCUUGAAAAGAGAAGUCCUAAAAUGCAUCAACCAUCACCACUGGCUUGAUAUCUGCGUGUCUUUAACAGUGUCCAAGGGGGUGAGUUUAGUCUAAGGUGACUGGAAGGUCGAAGCGCUUGAAAUGGGAUUUUCACUGCUGUUGGAUGCCAGAGGUCAGCUUUGGAUUAUGUACUGCAGAAUCUAGCUGACCUCUUAUUUUACAGCCAAGCGCCUGUACAAAGGCAGCACUCAUCCUCUGCUUCCACAAAUGGAUGUGCUUUUAUUUUUAUUCCUGAGUUUGUAUCCUUUUUUUUUCCUUUUUCGAGGGUACCAAAUCUAAUGUGGAACCUCUCUUUCCGCCAUUCCGCCAUAAGUGGGCAAGCAAAAAUCAUAUGUAUCUCCACAUUGUUAUGUAUAUAAAAGGAUUUUUCUCUUCCCCAGUGAAAAUGUUUGUUCUCCUUUAAAUCAAGCCUCAGUGUACCAGAAUUAGUUACCUGCCGUGUGAAUACUUUUUUCUUUCCUCCUUCAUAUGCGUCUUCUUUUUUCUGAUGAUGUAUUAAUUACUACGACAGCACAGCACUCUUCUGUGGAGGCUUUAUCUUGGGAAAUAUGUUUUAUAUGGCAUAACAGGAUUUGUAAAAAAAAAAAAAAAAAAAUUAAACAAAAUGAAAAAGUUUUUGGUUUUUUUGGUUUUUUUUAAAAAAAGGACAUUCAGUGUUUGUAUUGUAAAAGAGAAUUAGGUGGCACUUUGAAGGCUAUGAAAAAAGUAAACAACACACUGAUGUUAAUUAAUCUGCAGACGCUUUUUGUUGUUCAAAGCCAGUUUAGAGUUGAUUUUAAUUUAAUCUCCUGUUGGGGUUUUUUUGUUUUGUUUUGUUUUGUUUUGUUUUUUUUGAAGUGCUUAAAAUCUAUCACCAUGUGAAUAUUUCUUUUUUUUUUUUCAUGGUACUUUUACUACUGGAAUCUAAUCACCAGAAACACUGUCAUGUUUUUUUUAACUCUACAAAUGUUAAAAUUGAGUUUUAAAAUUCAAAGUUCAAUAAAUGGGUUCAAAGUUUUAAAAUAAAUAAAUAUAAAAGAAUACA